UGUUAGAUAUUUUAAUAACCUCGACUACGGUUCAGUAGAUUCAUUUGGGUUUUUGUUCCUACGGGAUUUGUGAAUCGAUAUUGUGAUUGAACUGUUCGAUCAAACGCGCCUGUAUCGACCAUAUGUUUCUGAUGAAGAGGAGUAGCAUGUGAAAACAAAGAAGGAUGUUCGGAAAAGAUAUUCCCCCAGUACAAGUGCUAAUCAAAACCACGUGCUGACAGUAGCAUCCAAAAUUACCCACCAUUCUCCUCAGAAUCCUGUGACUCAUCAUGAUCUUCCAUGCUCUUUGAAAACAUUGAUAGACAAGGCAUUUGUCUGGAAACAUAACCUCUAGCAAGGGAAUCGCUCAACUCCGAUGCACAGGAACUUUUUCAAAUAAGCCUGGAUAUUGAUUAUUAUAGGAUAUUUUCUAUGUAUAUUGAGGAUAGUCAAAGGAAUAUACGGAAAAUAGCCGGUGUAUCACAUAUAUUUCUCUUAUGAUGAAAAGAUGUUUACAGAAACCCGGAACAGUUUUUGUCCGAUUAACCAAGGCGAAAAGGAUAUACGUAUGAGCGGUUUCUUUGUUUACAUUUGUAGAGGAUGAUCGCCUCCGGAGGAAGGAUGAAGCAUCACUGAAUGUCUUCAUUGUAGAUAUGAAUUAAUUAGCUGUUUAUUAGGAGGUGUGAAUAAUCUUGUGACUUUUGUCUUAAGACUUAGACCUUAUCUUCGUUAUAUUGUGAAGGACUCAGUAAUUUAUGCUCGAGGGAUUAGAUUAGGUAAGCGGAGGGUUCAAGCAAGGUGCGCCCCACGGUGUGCAGGAAACGGUGAGGUUAUUUAAGUCGUUUUUUGUGUGAAUCAGUAACACUUGACCUGAAAUAUACGGCGAUUCUUUUUCUAAUAAAAGAAAUCAAAAUGUAAUUGGACCAGAUGCUCAGCGAAUGAUAAAUUAGACUAACGGCUGGAUUCUGAAGACGGCGCGCUGGCUAUUAUUGGGGUUUGUUUCUUCUCAGAGGAAAACAGACAGUCAGAGGGUAAUAAUAGACGCUAAAACAAUUGAUGCCUACAUAACCGAACCACAUUUAAUAUAUGGUUAAUUUAUGAAACAGUGAAUGUGCCGUAAUACACAUGGAGGCUGAUCGGGAAAUGUACAAGCAGAUCCCUGGCGUGUGUUACUGUGGGCACUACACAGGCGUGGAGGGUGCGGGAGAAACGUCUAUCAAAAGGAGGAAUAUAGGUUCUAAUAAUGGACAUGUGCCUUCACGUCAAACAAUGAAGACUUCCUUAAUCUUUGUGAUAUACAUAGUGUUUUUAGUAACAGAUUCGGUGUUAGGAUCGCCAGUUUCAGGAGGUUCUAAUCUAGAUGCAGAUGCUUUUAGAUACCUUGGAAAGUUUGGUUACAUAUCUUCAGCUCAAGCAGAGAAAGGUGCUCAAAACCUUAUUUCCAUGGACAUCACGGAGUCUAUAAAGAAAUUACAAAGGAUGGGUGGGAUACCACCGACAGGCGUGCUCGAUGUUCGAACUCAGGAGCUCAUGCAUAAACCGCGGUGUGGUAACAAAGAUCCAGUGGAAGAAGAGGGGGCCCGGAAAAAGAGAUACGUGCUGGCGCCUUCUAAAUGGGACCAUAAGGAUCUAACAUACAGAAUUGAGAACUACACGCCAGACCUACAGUGGCAGGAUGUCCGUCGAGUCAUUGCAGACGCUUUUAAAGUUUGGAGUGACGUCACUGACCUAACGUUUACAGAGGUCAUGAAUACAAAUGCAGAUAUCAUGAUAAAAUUUGCUAGAAAAUAUCAUAAAGAUGGUUAUCCAUUUGAUGGAAAAGGUCUCAUUCUGGCUCAUGCUUUCUUUCCUGGAAAAGACAAAGGGGGUGACACUCAUUUCGAUGAAGAUGAAAAGUGGACGAUCAAUUCAAAUGAGGAAGGUGUAGACCUAUUUAUGGUAGCUGCUCACGAAUUUGGGCAUGCUCUGGGACUGAGCCACAGCAACGAGCCCAAAGCCCUUAUGUAUCCUUGGUAUCAGGGAUACAUUCCAAACUUUCAACUUCCAUACGAUGAUACCUUAGGAAUUCAACUUAUAUAUGGUGGUAAGGGACCUUACGUGACUUUCCGACCUCCACCAACCACCAGGCGUCCUGAUACAAGGGAGGGAUAUAGCACACUCGCCCCUCCCCGUCAAGCCCCAAUAGACCCAUGUAAGGGAAAUUUUGACGCCAUAGCAGUUAUACGUUCUGAAGUCUUCAUUUUUAUCGGAAAGUAUUUCUGGAGGAGUCCUGAACCCAAAACCAUUCUUUCUAGUGAGCCAUCCAUUAUUCACGACUUCUGGUACAGAUUUCCGGAAGAGGUAGAGAAGAUUGACGCGGCUUUCGAACACCCCACUGACCGCCGAAUCUUUUUCUUCUCAGGAAAGAAGUACUGGAUAUAUAAUGGUAAUAGUCUUGCCAAUGGACACCCUACUAAUGGUAAGCCAAUCACAGACUUUGGAAUUCCGGAAGACAUUCAGAAAAUUGAUGCGGUGUUUGUGUGGGGCUUUAACAAAAGGAUUUACCUUGUUAGUAAAGAUAUGUACUGGAAAUUCAAGGAGUCAGACAAUCAAAUAGAACCCGAUUAUCCCCGCGACAUGAGCAUCUGGAAAAAUGUUCCUAUUCCAAUUGAUACUGCUUUCAAGUUCCAAGAAAACACCUAUUUCUUCAAAGGAGAUAAAAUGUAUAAGUUCUAUGACAUGAAGAUGAGAGUACAAGUAAAUUGGCCGAAACCAAUUGAAGAGUUCCUGGGAUGUGGAGAACGAUUUAGUUUACGUAAAAACAAUGCAAAGAAUUCCCCCGAGAAGAUUGCUCAGUUUCAAAACAGUAGUUCUUCAAGCCACACAAGUUUUACAGGACUUUCUAUACUUGUAAUUAUACAUGCUAUAUAUUUAUGUAUAUGUUCUAGGCAUAUAUGACCUGUUCUGAUAUCAUUGUUUGAAUGAUCUGACCAAAGGUACCUGUAACUUAACACCUGUAAUACCAGGUGAUCAUUUGAAAUGUCCUGUUUUCCUAAAAAUAUCAAUCAAAAGUAAUGUAUGAAGAAUAAGAUCCUUGGCUUAAAUUAAGCUUUAUACUGGACCAAAACUGAAAUCAGACAGCAAACAAAAAACAAUAGUAUUAGGAUCAUCUUAUUUAGGAAAAAUGAGGUCUGUUCUAUAGUCGUGAGCUUGCUUUUAUAUGUAUAGAGCUGAUGGGAAGGGAUGAUAUCCAGAGGAUAAAGUAGAGGUUGAUGACUAUAUUUAACAUUGGGGGAAGCAAUGACACAUGAUCUAAAAGUAAAUCCUCCAUCAGAAUUGGUGCAUAAUAUAUUUUUUUUCAUGUCACUAAGGAUACACAUUAUAUCCAAGAGAUUUUUAUUUGGUACUUUUUAUUACCUCAAGCUCAACAAUGAGAUCAAAGUGAACAACAACAAAAAUUUACGAAUAUCUUGUAGUAUUUUGCCACCUAGGCACUGCAAAUUCAAAUUGGUUAAAUAACUUCCACUCACAACUUUAUUUGCUAUCAGGGACUCCUAAGCAUGUUAAGGGGAGGGUUAAUUGUUGUAGUAGCAAUUUAAGAGGGAAGAUGUUUCUGUGUAUAAAUUUAUGUAUUUACACAUCAGGUGUUUUAUUUUAGCCCAGGUGAUCAAUGGCUGAGUAUCAGUCAGUACAUGUUAAGCCUCAUUGUGAUCAAACUAUCACGGUUGUGACUCCUGUCUCUGUAUGCCUUAUGUGUUUUUGCUAUAUCAUAUUGUUAUGUUUUACAUGUAAAAAAAAAAAUCCUUCUCUCAGUGUAAUGAGAUUUCAUGUGUUUUAUUUAUUUGAGUUUUUACAUGUAAUGAUAACCCUGUGAUAUGAGAGUGUGUAAAAGUGUCUCUUCAUUUUUUUGCCAGGAUUCAGUUCCUUAUAUUUUGUAUAGGAAAUACCUUGAGAUUCUUGCCAUUAUCUUUUAAUUGGUUCAGUAGCAUAAUAGUUUUUUCAGUGUUCAUUUGUUUUAUUAUUUUUUUUUAGCUUAAUUUAGCACUGACGUAACAAGAAUUCACAUUCACUGCUUGAAAAAAUAUACGUCUGGCACUAGUGCCAAAAAAGUGUGCACAUCUCAGAAAGAACAUAAAUAAAAAUACAUUUGAGAUUGCCUUGCAUCUCUUGAUGAAGCAUACAUAAUUUUGCAGCCUUCUUAUUUCUGAUAACAACAAAAAAAAUUUCACAUAAAUUCAUGUGUAAAUUUCAGUAUCUUUACCCUGGUUCCUAGGGUUGUCAUUAACUUAGUUAAAUGCAGUAGCCUACAAUUUUCCUGUUAAAAUUAACUUCUUUAACACUUAAAAUACAUAAAAAGAGAAAGUAAUGUAUCUAUUUAUUCACUUCUAAAUGCAAAGACAUCCUUUUAACACCUCAGUCUGUAAUUACUGUAGUUAUCAUAGAUAGGUCUCUAGUGUAAUUACCCCCUCAGUCAUUUGGAUCCCAGAUCUAAGAAAUCCAUUGUCACAUUCACACUAUGAUUUACUACCAUAUAAUGAUAUUUAGCUUAGAAUCAUGAGUUUUGAUGCUUUAUUAUAAUACUCAUAUUCCCUUAUUUAUUUUUAUACUACAUAUACAUAUUAUAAAUUCACUCAUUGAUUAGUGAAUUAAGAGUUAUCAGUUCCUAUAAUACUCAUCAGUCACGAAAUAGUGCUUCUGUAAUAAGCUCUAGUUAGUGUAGAGUUUGUACUGUAUUUUAUCCAUUCUUAAAACAUAUACUGCAUUUUGUAAAAUAUUUAUAUAUAUAUAAAAAAGAAAAACGAAUUUUAUGAAACCAGUGACAUAUUAUAGUUAAAAAUAUAAGUGCAUGCAUUAUUAAAUUACUGUAGAUUAUUUCUUAAGCCUUCUCAACAAAUUAUUUUUGAUGUUAUGUCAUUUCCUCUGAACUGAGUAAUAAUGUAGAGGAUAAAGUGUGUCCUUCACAUGAAAAUUGUCUUGCUUUGUGUUCAAUGCCCUAGUCAUAAUCAGUUUCCAUUUAAAUUGUACUGACACAGUUUUAGGGGUUCUAAGUGAGAACAUGGUGCUGAUGAAUUUUUAUAGUGCAAUGACAAACUUCCAGUUUACAAGUAAAGCUAUAAAUGUAACACUCAUAGUACACUUUAAACAAUGUUAUCUUUAUUGUGUUUAAUGUCAGUGUCUUGCAGAUGCAUAAAAACAGUUGUGUCCCAAAUCUGAUACUCUCAAUUAAUCAGAGCAAUUGCCAAUCAAGACCAUUAGUUUACACAUCAUUUUACAUCUCGAUUUGAAACAUGUCAAGUUCAUUUGCAUGUGUUAGUCUUUAAAACAAAAUCUGUCUUAAUUACAAAAUUGAUGUCCACUGCAUUAUCCAAUAUACCAAAAUGUUACAGAAAAUGCUAUUGUUUCAUUAUAAAUUUUGCCUAUUUAUUUCUUAUCAAUGUCACAGUAGCUCUUGUGACACAGUUUUUAAGCACAAGUUGUAUUUUAUUUAUGAUGCUAAUAAAUUUUAAAGCUUC